AUGGCCAUCACAAGUGAUCAUGGCUCACAAGGGCCCGUUGUUGUCGGGAUUUGUCUUGCAUUCGCCGUCCUAACAUUCAUUGUUUUGAGUCUGCGGUUGUUCGCUCGCGUCUAUGUGCUAGGUAGAAUGGGGUUUGAUGACUAUCUUAUUAUCGGAGCUUGUCUAUUAUCAUGGGCAUUCAUCGCCGUCACUAUUGUUGCGGUUGAGAAUGGUCUCGGUCAACAUGCGAAAUAUGUUGAUCCGAACAACAUGAUUACCUAUGGAUUUGCGGUUUGGCUGAGUUCAAUGUUCUAUCUCGCAACCCUUGGAUUCAUUAAAACAUCCGUCUUAUGGUUCUACACUCGCCUGGGCGACCGGACUCUCACCCGAGCUUCAUGGGCCAUGGUUGGAGUCAUUGCGGCUCAAGCAGGCUCUUUCGUUCUCGUCGCCGCAUUUCAAUGCCAAACAAUCAGCAAAGCCUGGACCGGUACCGGUCCUGGAAAAUGUGUCAACAUUAAUGUGUUUUAUCUGGCCAACGCUGCACUGAACAUCUUUACCGAUCUCCUGACCUACACUCUUCCCAUCCGCGUCAUCUUCAAACUCCAGAUGCCGCGCAAGCAGAAAAUUGCGCUGGCCCUGAUUCUCUGUCUUGGUCUUUUUGCCUGUGUUUCCUCCAUCAUUCGAAUUACCUAUAUUCCCGCCAUGCUCACAUCCCCCGAUGCUACAUACGCUAUUAGUGGAGCUAUGUACUGGUCCGUCAUCGAAACAAAUGUCGGGAUAUUUGCCGCCUCAAUCCCAUCCUUUAAGGCUAUUGCAUCUCGCUUCCUGCCCCGCUUCAUCGGCGAGUACAGUAGUGGCAGAAAAUACGGACCUUGGUCUGGCAAUACCGACGCUCGCAAAUACGGCUCAGGUUUCACCAGAGUCACCGACCCAAACCAGAUCACAAUGGGCACAUUGAAUGGCAAAGAAGAUGGUGGAAUGGGUACCCAAAUCGGCGCUACCGUGAACGACAACUCGAGCGAGGAGAGGAUAAUCAUUCCCGAUGGGAAAAUCUUCGCUCAGACAGAGAUUGAGACUACCGUUGAGACAAACGGCAUCUUCGAUACACCGGGCGAGCGGGCUCACCGGUCAAAGCGUGGAUUUUAA